GGCGUCAAGGCGAGGCCCUGAGAGACGCGGCAUGUUGCCCUGGCCCCCGGGGCGGUGGGGCUCGGGAGAGGAGCAGAUGCCCGAGGACCCAAGCUCCUCGGCGGGCAGUGACCCAGAGGAGACCUGGAACUCUGGAGAGGAAGCCGCGGGGGAGCCAAGAACACCCCCACAGGACAGCCCGCAGCCCAGGGCCAGAAACUCUUCCCGGACCCAGAGAGAGCUGUUGCCCCGGCACCUCCCAGGCCUGGCUGCCCAGCAGUCCCGGGGAACCCCAGUUCCCCUCUCCUCCCAGAUGUCUUGGGAGGUGGCCCCUUCAGGGAUGACCCUGCUGGCACCCUGGGACCCCAACUAUGAGGCUAAAGCAGGAGCUCAGCUGGUGUGGGGACCUGGCUGUUCUUCUGGUGCCUCUUUCUCAGGCCGGACCUUGUGUCAUCCCUCAUUCUGGCCUCUCUAUGAAGCCGCCUCAGGAAGGGGCCUUGGGCCCCGGGCCCCCACCACAGGACAUCAGAAUAGAGAGCAGGUGCCCAGGGAUGCAGGUACUUCCCACCGUUCCCUUGGGUGGUGGAGUGAGGGACCUCCAGCCAACCACCCUAGCAACCUCUCCUCUCCAGGGUUCCCUGUGAUGUGCUGUGAAGAUGUCUUUCUUUCAGACCCUCUGCUGCCCCGUGGGCAGCAGCGUGUUCCCCUGUACCUGUCUGAGGCCCCUCAGCAGGUGAGCACUCAUUCUGCCUUGCCUCAGCCCUGCCUCCGAGCUGGGGUUGGGAGGAGCCACUUCUGCCUCCUCUCUCCUCAGGUGAUGGGCUCUCUGAAGCUGCUGCUCCCACCCCCUAUCAUGUCCCCCCGGGUCCUCCCCACACCGACUGCUGGCUGCUCCACUGCCUGGCUCAGUGGGCCUGAGCUGAUUGCCCUCACUGGCCUUCUGCAGAUGAGCCAGGGGGAGCCAAGACCCAGUUCCUCUGCUGCCUCAGGGGGUCCCACACCCCCUGCUGCCUCCCCAGACCCUGUCUCUGAGUCCCUGGGCUCCAGUGGUGACUGUUCUCACUUCACUGACCCAGAUCUCCCCUAGUCCCCAGACACCCAUGUCCAUGGCUCUCCUGGGGGCAGAGUGGGCCCGUGUUCGGGUUCUGUUGACAUUAAAACUGUUAGUUUGCAAAU